GCCAUUGAAACACUUACUUCCUGUUUGCUUCAUAGUCAUUUCUGUCAUCGCUGUCUUUCUCAUUUGCAACCAACAGGACUUGCAAUGGCCAAGGUCGUCACGUACGAAGAGCUCAAGGCACACUCUACUAAGGACAAUCUUUAUGUUCUUAUCCAUGGAGAAGUGUACGAUGUUACUAAAUUCAUCGACGAGCACCCGGGAGGUGACGACGUGAUCUUGGCUGAAGCUGGCAAAGAUGCAACCCAAGCUUUCGAAGAUGCUCGUGACCUCCUCCCUCCCCUCCUCGUCGGAAGUUUUGAGAAGGACGGCGCUCUGAAAAUCGGCGAUACCAAGGCUCCUGGCUCUGGCGCUUCGGUCUCUGACGCCGUUGAGCAGGGUUCAAACCUGAUGUACUUUAUCCCAUUGACCCUACUGGGAGCAUACUUUGCAUGGCGCUUUUAUGGAGCAUGAAGGCAUGGGUCGACUUUCUGUCCCCCUGACACAUCUUGGCGUACAUCCAUCAUGUUUAUAUCCUCAUGAUAUUCUUGUUCGUUACCCAUGAACCUGCCUUGUUCAGCCUGAAUCAACUUCCGAUAAGCAAGGAUCUGUAUUGGAAAUGAAACGAUUGAUGGACUGCGCUGAUGAGUCAGGCGUUUUGUAUAGGUAAACGGAAUGCGUAUUAAUACAACACGAAAAGAUAAA